GUACUGCUGUCAUGCACGUCGCGUCGCGCGCCGUGUGUACGCACAUGCAGGUAGUACACAUGUACAGUACAUGCACAUGUACGUCGCGAGUUCUGUAUAAAUUUGUUGCACUUGCAGUCACCAAUUCUGACAACAAAGUUACUGUAUUCUCGCGAGAAAAACAAGUUUCUUCUCAUAAGCUCAUCUCAAGCGUUGGCAUUUAAUCUCUGAUAGGACGUUUACUUAGUUUUGAGGAACCAGUAACUUGACUCAGGCCGUAUCAUGAGCAGUGAUGAUGCAGAGGCCCAAGCCGAUGAGGUGACAGCCCUGGCUAGCAUCUACGUACGAGGAGAGGAUAUUUGUCGCCGAAAACGACAACAAGGCGGAGAGUUCUCGGCUCACUUGGAACUGCCGGAGGAAUAUUUCAUCAAGCUUGACGGUCCACUCAUUCAGCAAGCCAAGAAACAUGGUCUGAAGUUGCAGGAGGGUAGCAAUGGCAGCUCUCUUCUGCGCAUUAACCACCUGCCGCCCAUCGUGCUCAACUUCCAGUAUCCUGAGGACUAUCCAUCCAAGUCUGCUCCUUCCUUCACUCUGUCCUGCAAGUGGCUGAGCGUUGAUAAGCUCUCCAAAUUGUGCUCUCAUUUGGAUCGCAUCUGGGAUGAGAAUCGCGGUGAGGUCGUCAUCUUUCAGUGGACACAGUUCCUCAUUGAUGAAAGCCUACAGAUUUUGGGAAUCCAGUCGCCUCUGUUGUUGGACAUCAGGAAGAUGUUGCGUUCCAACUCAGUAGAGGCUCGAGGAGCCUGUCCCCCAGAUAGAACAGAUGAGCAAGCUUCCCGACCUUCCUCGGAAGAUCAGGACAAGGGAACAUUGCUCUGUGAUCACGAGAGUGAUCCAGACCAUGCCCCUUUAGAUCCCCGCGCUGUUCAAGACAUCGGCAGCCCCAGUGUCCUCUUACUGACGCUGAUCGAGCACAACAGGGCCGAGCGACAGAGGGUCUUUGAUGCUUCCCUGUACAGUUGCCUUGUCUGCUUCUCUGAGAAACUGGGUUCUCAGUGUAUCAACUUCCAGGGAUGCAACCACGUCUAUUGUAAAGACUGUGUUAAGGGUUACUUUGAGGUGCAAAUCGAAGAAGGGAAUGUCAAGGGUUUGAACUGCCCCGACACGGAUUGUGAUUCUCCUGCUUUGCCAUCACAGGUUCGUGAACUGGUCAGCAAGGAGCUGUUUGCAACCUACGACCGCCUUCUGCUACAGCGCACCUUGGAAGGAAUGGAUGACAUUGUCUACUGCCCCCGUUUGUCCUGUCAGUGUCCAGUCAUGAGGGACAAGGAGACCACGAUUGCGGUGUGCUCCGCCUGCGCGUAUCCAUUCUGUGUGAAGUGCAGAAUGGCGUACCACGGUGUCUCCCCGUGUAGACUACGGAAAGAGGAGAUCUUGAAGCUACGAAAGGAGUACGAAGAGGGAAGUGUGGAGCUGAGGGCCAAGCUGGAGCAGCAGUUUGGCCGGCGCGUCUUCCGAGAGGUUCUGGAAGAGUUUGAGUCACAACGGUGGAAGGACGAGAACAGCAAAGAAUGUCCCAAGUGCCACACCAACAUUGAGAAAAUUGACGGUUGCAACAAGAUGUCUUGUUCCCAGUGCCGCACGUUUUUCUGCUGGGUCUGCCUCAAGAUCUUGUCUCACUCUGUGCCGUACCAGCACUACAAUGAUCCCAAGAGCCGUUGCUUCAAUCAGCUUUUCCACUUUGAGGGACCAGUGGCUCGCGUUGUCAGGGAUGAUGAAUGGAUGUUUGUGUGACAACUGCAGUCAACAACAUGGGCGGUCCAGUUACAGAGUUAAUGUCAGGUACUUUUUCAAGGUUCAAUUUUAACUUCAAAUCCAGUGCCCUCAUCCAAGAAUCAGUGGCGUAAGAAUCAGAUCAGAAAUGGUUUAGUAGAACUCACUCUCCUCAAAAGAAAAGUUCUUGAGAUGUUAAUAAGUUCUGAAGCAGUUUCUAAGCCUUUUAAUUGUUAGAAAUAUAUGGUCAGGAUUUAAAGUGUUGGAGCAGUUUCAUUAUUAAAGUUAACUUAAAGUGGUUAGUAUCUACCAUCAGUGUUUCUAGCAUGGUUCCUACAGUUGUAUUCUGUGUUGUAGUCGAGUCCUGGCCCAAGUAUUUUAUGGGACAAGUAACAGGGUCAACAAAGACCAGUUUUGUCACAAUGUUAAUGGAUAACUUGUGAUUUGACUCAAGAUUGGAUGAGUUGUGGAGGACAUAGAGAAAUGUUUACUGGGCUUCAACUGCAUCAGAGCUGUUCAAUAAUAACAUCUCUUGGAGGUGAUACGCUUGAUAUGGGAACAAUCCCACAACUGUGCUUUUUUAUGCAAAUUUAUUCUUUAAACACCUUGAAACUGAAGAAUCUUAAAGAGCUUUUCAGCUCGUUCACACAGCAAUGGCACGUUAUGUCAGUUGUUGUAGGCCUGUCCGGGAAGUGAUUGAUUCGGACGUAGAAAUCAGCCCUCUGUAAUUUCUGUGAUGCCGGCAAUUAUGAAUGAGGCUGAAUAAAAUUGUUUAAGAGAGAAUUUUUCUCUUAUUUGCAAUUAGAAUAAAAGUGCAUGCAGACUAACAGAAGUUGCAAACAGCUGGGACGGGGGUGUUGAAUGCAAUUUUUGAGAAAUUAAUUUGUCCUUUCAGGUGAAGUUGGUGAACUGAAAUUGAAGGCAAUCAGAGCAGCAAUAACUACACUGGACAGCAAACGAAACUUGCCAUUUCUGUCAAAGGCCACACAUAAAAAUUCAAUCCAUAGA